AUGUCCGACAACAGCAGCCUCAUCAUCGAGAGGCGGCUGCUUCAUAAGCAAACACCAUCCAAGGUUGGUGACACUACUACUAAGGAGGAUGAUAAUGCUACAUCAAUGGGCGCUCAAACCGAGGGAAUCAUGACCCGCGGGAAGGCCGCUGCUCUGGCGGCAGCAGCAACAACAACAACAGCAGACGUAGGGAGUUCCCUGAGGAGUGGUAUGGACAAGGAUGAUACUACUCCAGUGGAGGAUGCUAAUGGACCUGCAACUGCCGAUAGCGAGAAUGCUGUAAUACCCAGCGUUAAAGAGCAGCAACCUAUUGAAG